UUUUCUACUUGAUAAUGGCAUCAACUACAAUCACCAAGUUUUCUCACUUACAAAUCCCACUUGAAGAUGUACUAAACGCCACCAACAACUUUCAUGAUGAUAACAUCAUCGGACGCGGUGGACUUGGAAUAGCAUACAAAGGACAGCUCCAGCGGUCCGGGAAGUUGAUCAAGAUUGUUGCACUGAGGUUAAAUCGUAAGCAACGAGAACGAGACCUCGAGUUCUGGACGGAAAUUUCAGUGCUUUCUGAUCUCAAGCAUACCAAUCUUGUCUCUAUCAUCGGAUUUUCUGAUGAGAAACAUGAGAAGAUCAUCGUAACCACGCACGCGGCCAAAGGAAGUCUCCAGGAGCAUCUAAACAGCCCGAACCUCACAUGGACGCAAAGAUUGAAGAUAUGUGUAGGAGUGGCUCAUGCGUUGAGUUACCUCCACUAUGACGAGGGACGUGGUUAUGGUGUUAUACAUCUUAACGUCAACAGCUCCACAAUUUUAUUAGACGAGAACUUGGAAGCCAAGUUAUCUGGUUUCAAAGUUUCUAUCAAGCAAUCGCUUAAUCGAAUGGACCAGGUCGUCCUUUCUGAACCUAUUGGCACAAGAGGGUAUAUGGAUCCCGAAAUUGAAAAGACCAAAGGCGUGACCCAGAAAUCAGACAUCUACUCAUUCGGUGUCGUUUUAUUCGAAAUAUUGUGCGGGAGGAAAGCUUUUGUUCCAAAGGAGACUAACAGGUUUCUAGCUCCACUGGCUAGGAAUCAUUAUGAAAAGGAAACGUUGCAGGACAUAAUCUAUCCGGAUCUAAGAAAUCACAUGUCCCCGGGAUCACUCAAAAAAUACUCAGAAAUUGCAUAUUCAUGCGUAAAACAAGAGCGAGGACACCGCCCGCGUAUGGUUGAUAUUAUGCAUGAACUUGAAAAAGCAUUGGAGUUUCAGCUGCGACGUGAAAAAUUUGAAAAGAAGUUGAAACACUUGAAGAUUCCACUAGAUGAUAUAAAAUCAAUCACUCAUAAUUUUUCAGAGACAUUAAUGUAUCAUACCAAUUAUUAUGCUUUAUGGGAAGCAAAACCCGAAUAUGAUAUUGAAGAAAAACUUUCCUCUAUAGAAGGAAAGAGCAAAGGGGAACUGUUCAAGAGAUACGACAAUGUAGUUAUUAGACGCCUCAUUCAUAAAGAUCGGGAGCAAGCAGAAGAGCUGUUUUUCACCGAACUUGAGAUACUUUCAAGUAUUAACCAUGAUAACGUAGUCACACUAGUAGGAUUUUGUGUUGAAGGCUCUGAGAUGAUCCUUGUCACUGAGGCUAGUUCUAAUAGAAAACUUUUCGAUUGUUUGGGAAAUAUCGAAGACAUGCGUAUUUUGACUUGGGAAAAACGUUUGAAAAUCAGCAUUGAUGUUGCACGCGCAUUGGCUUACCUUCACUCUGAAAUGAAAGACAAAAAAGUGAUAAUACACAGGCUAAUAGAUAGCAACAUCAUUUGCUUGGAUGAGAAUUUGCGGGCAAAGAUUGACACCUUUUCGCAAGCGGUAUUCCAGCCUCCAGACCAAGAAGACAAAGCUUUGUAUGCAUAUUACAUCAUUUACAAAGAGUACCAUGUGGAUCCAGAAUAUAUGAUGAAUCAUAAGUUAAAAACAGAGUCCGAUGUUUAUAGUUUUGGAGUAGUAUUGUUUGAACUUCUAUGUGGAAGGAGAGCCAAUGACCCAAUUUAUCUUAAGGAGAGUGACCAAGGGAUGGCUCCUAUGGCGAGAAGAAACUUUUGCAUGGGAACACUAAAGGAUAUGAUAGAUCCUAUAAUAAAGGGCAAAAGUGACGAACAUAGUUCCUUUCAAGAUAGAGGACCCAACAAUGACUCGCUUGAGACAUUUUGUAAAAUUGCAUACAAGUGUGUUGCAGAAGCACAAGAACAACGCCCACCGAUGAACGUCGUUCUCAAUGAACUUGAGAAAGCAUUAUUUUUUCAAGAAAACAACAAGGAAAACCUGAGAAUGUCACUAGAAGAUGUAAAACUAGCCACAGAAAAUUUCCAUGAUGAUAAUUGCAUAGGCGAAAGGGGAUCCUUAGGGAAAGUUUAUAUAGGAAAAGUUCCAGAAGGUGGUGGAUUUCGCACCAUUGUUGUAAAGCGAUUCGAUACAGGGCUUGGUCAAGGGGAACAACAAUUUUUGAAUGAGCUCCAAAUUCUUUGGGAGUAUAAGCACAAUAACGUCAUCCGUCUUGUAGGGUAUUGUGAUGAAAAGGAAGAAAAAGUCAUUGUUUAUGAGUAUCUGUCAAGAAGAAGUCUUGAUAGGUAUUUGAAUGAUGCUUCGUUUACAUGGAUCAAAAGGCUUAAUGUAUGCAUUGGUAUUGCAAGUGCGUUGGAUUUCCUUCAUGGAAGAGCUGGAAGAGAUGGAAAGGUGAUACAUGGGGACAUCAAAGCUGCUAACAUUCUAUUGAAUGAUGAUUGGGAAGCAAAACUUGCUGGUUUUGGGCUCUCUUUAAUAAGUCCAUUAUAUCAGAAAACAGCUGAUUAUGUGUGUGGCACACCACAAAACAUAGACCCACUGUACAGCAAAUCAAGUUUCUUAACCGAAGAAUCUGAUAUUUAUGCGUUUGGUAUGGUUUUGCGUGAGAUUUUUUGUGGGCGAUCAACGCUUGAGAUUAACAAAUACGAGGGUUACCAUAUCCCAGAUUAUAUUAGGAGUGAUAAACGAAUUGUGCUUGAAUCGGUUACUACGUUUGACACAAUUGUCGACCAAUGCUUACAUCAAGAAAGAGAAAAACGACCAACAGCAAAAGAAGUAUUAAUGCAACUUAAGAAGGCAUUGGAAUUCCAAGAGGAGAGAGUACAAGGCACAAGUACGGACCAAGUUUCAAAUACACUUACGAAACUUCAGUUGUUGAUACGUGAAAUUCCUGGAAACAAGUUGGAACACUUGAAGAUUUGUCUCAGUGAUAUUCAAUUAGCAACAGAUAAUUUUUCAGAUACAUACAGAUAUAUAAAUUGGCAACGUCUCUAUACUAUUUACAGAGCAGAGCUAGACCAAUUUGACAAGGAAAAUCCUUCAUCUGUAGAUGGGAAGAAUAAAUGCGAACACCACAAGAGAGAUAACCAUGUAUUUAUAAAACGCAUCUCUAGACACGCCGAGCAUAGAGAAGAACGGUUUUUUACACAACUUGAAAUGCUCACCCGUAUUAAGCAUCCGAACAUAGUUACUCUACUUGGAUAUUGUGUUGAAGAAUCUGAGAUGAUUCUUGUCAUUGAAAAUGUUUCUAACGGAUUUCUUGGUGAGUCUUUGGGUAAUGUCGACAAAAUGCGUAUUUUGACAUGGGAAAAACGUUUAAAAGUGUGCAUUGAUGUUGCUCGUGCUUUGAAUUACCUUCAUACUGAGAUGGAAGACCAAAAGACGAUAAUCAAUCGUGAUAUAAAUUGCUACAACAUUGGGUUGGGUGAUAAUUGGGAGGCAAAGAUGGUUGACUUUUGGUACUCUUUAUUCCUGCCUCUAAAUCAAGUAGACGAAGCUCUCUAUCUCAACGUGGCUCUUGGCAAACCAUCCUACAUAGAUCCAGAAUAUGAUAGGACAGGUAAGUUAAAAAAGCAAUCGGAUAUUUAUAGUUUUGGGGUUGUUAUGUUCGAAAUUCUAUGUGGGAAGAGAGCCUCUGACCAGAUUUACAAGAAGGAGAGAGGGCUAGCCUCUGUUGCAAGACGAUGCUUUUGCGCAGGAACACUACACGACAUCAUUGAUCCUUUGAUAAAGGAAGAAACUAGUGAAAACGGUUUUACUCUAAACAGAGGUGCCAACAAGGAUUCUAUAGAAACAUUUAUUAAUAUCGCAUAUCAGUGUGUGACAGAAACUCAAGAUCAACGUCCAACAAUGAAAUUUGUCGUGCAGCAACUGGAGAAAGCACUAUUUUUACAAGAAAACAACAAUGAAAUCCCCAAAAUAUCACUUGUAGACAUAAAACAUGCCACACAAAACUUCCAUGAUGACAAUUGUAUUGGCGGAGGAGGAUUUGGGAAAGUCUUUAAAGGAAACUUUCAUGAUGGUGACAGAUUUAAAAUCAUUGUUGCAAAGCGAUUGGAUGUCAGGUUUGGUCAAGGGGAACAACAAUUCUUGAGUGAGCUCCAAAUUCUUUGGGAAUAUAAGCACGAUAACCUCAUUGGUCUUAUAGGUUAUUGUGAUGAAGAUGAUGAAAAAAUAAUUGUUUAUGAGCAUGCACCCAAGGGAAGUCUUGAUAGGUAUUUGAAUGAUGCUUCCCUUACAUGGAUAAAACGACUUAAUAUAUGUAUUGAUGUUGCAAGCGCACUGGAUUUCCUUCACGGAGGAGGUGGAAAAAGAGCAAAGGUGAUACAUAGGGACAUCAAAACAGCUAACAUUCUACUAAACCAUGAUUGGAAAGCAAAACUUGCUGAUUUUGGGCUUUCACUAAUAAGUCCAUUGAAUCAGGAAACAGACUAUGUCAUCGAUCAUGCAUGUGGCACACUAGGAUACUUGGACCCGCUUUACAGAAAAACAGGAUUUCUAACCAUAGAAUCUGAUAUAUAUUCAUUUGGUGUGGUUUUAUUUGAGAUUUUGUGUGGGAGAUCAACAUUUGCAAUCCACAAACAUGAGGGUCAUUAUCUACCGGAUUUCAUUAGAAAAAAAUUUGAACAAACAAAGUGUGAUGAGAUGGUGUUCGAGCAAAUAAGAGAAGAGGUGGUGUCGGAAUCAUUGGCUACAUUUCAAGAGAUUGCAUACCAAUGCCUACAUCAUGACAGAGAAAAACGACCGAUGACAAAAGAAGUUGUAAAGCAACUUAAAAAGGCACUGGAACUUCAAAUUCAACAAGGUGCAAGAUAGAAAGCCAAUCAGGUCCAAGAAAAUACAGCUUAUGGAUGGAUGAGUUUAAAAUGGGUGUGAAUUUGAAGACCUUAUUAUAUGUGGCCUUAAGUUUUAGCCAAUGUACGAAUUUGCAAAUCAGAAUUCCUCUUAUAUGUAUUGCUUUUAAUAUUCAGUUUUUGGUGACUUUUAAUCUUGUUAUAAUAAAUAUAAAAACUACUGUUGUAUUUGCUUCUGAAGCAAGUUAUCAAUGAGUUACUUUGUCAA